AUGACAAUGCGGACGAGUGCUUGGGUUGUGCCGCCAAAGGUUCGGCUUGCGGGUCGAGGCGCGGCCGUCGCCGCGGGGGCGGCGCUUCUCCUCGCCACCAUCGUCGACCUAAUUUGCGGCGGCAUGCGGCUCGACAACCUCAUCGGCUCCGUCAAGCCUGGCUUCGAACGUGUCGAGAAAGUCUUUCGGUGAGUCUUCGUUUUUCUCUGUGCUCUCCACCGACCAGGCGCUGUCUCGUUUUGAAAAACGUGUCAGGACCCUUUUUUUCGAUUACCAGAAUCGGCCCAUAUUACCCACGAAAGGUUCUUUUCAAACAUUUUUCUUCAAGCUACAAAAUUUAUUCAAUACGCGCGGCCUGUUUCUGUGCAUGCGCCUUUAAAAUAGCCUAAAAAAUUCUGUCUGAUUUUUUGAGUCAUUUCGCUUAUUUCUGUGUAAAAACUGCAUUCCAACCCUUAUUCUGAUGCUUGAUUUUUUUAGUUAUUUAGAUUUCAAAAAGAUCCUGAAACAGCUAAAUUAUACUUGGGAGUCUUUUUUUCAAAUUUUUUUACUGAAAAGUUUCGAUUCCUAGCCUGCAGGAGUCUCUGCUAUAGCUUGGGAAACUGACUUCGAAACUCGUCAUGUAAUGAACAAAUAAGCACUUUGAAACCGUUAACACGUUCAUAAAGCUCAAACAACUUUUCAAAUUCGAAAACUUGAAAAAAUAGCCAUCAUAAAAAAGCAACCGAACCGAGACUUUUCAAGCAUACCUCGCCAAUUUUUGAAAGAACUCCGAUUAAAGUCAUCUCCUCGUGAGAAUUAUGAGAAGAAAAAUAAAUUUUUCCUUGGAAAUUCUGUCAAAUAAGCCCCAAGACCACUACAAAUAUGAUUCACAAUGCUUUCCUCUUGAAAAUUGAACGUGGCCGUUUACGACCACCUGUUUUGGCACGUUAUUGGGGUGUAUGAAUAGUGGGAGGAUUUAUGAAAAGACAUGACGCAACGGCCCAAGAACUGGAAAUCGAGUUCGACCUCGAACAUUUUCCCCCGCUUUUCCACACGGUUUCACGACACAAUACCCAUUUUUGUUGUGGUUGUAAACAAAGGACAAUAGGCGAGAACAUGAGUACAAGGAAAAUAAUGGAACAAAGAAAAACAAGUGUAAAAUUCAACUUUUUUCCUGUUAAAUAGACGCUAUCGCUUUGCUUUUCUUUUUUCAAUCGCUUGAGGCGGCAAAUCUCCAUGAAGCCAUCAAAAAGUGAACGUCGCUUUUUUUUCACUUUCCCUGCCAUUUUGUCACGAUUUUGCAUUUUGGCGGCAAAUGUUCCUUUUCCCUUGUCGAGACCGGAUUCGGGGCGAUUAUGAAAAACGGCGGUUUCGAUUGAGAUGAGAAAGAAAAUUGAAGUACCGGUAUUAUUUAUUAUAUAACCAGCCCGGUAUAUAAUAAAUAUCGGCUUCGACUUUAAUCGCAAAGGGAAUUUUUUUUUAAUUUUUAGGUCUUCAUGUUUUUUUGUACCAAUUUAUUAAAUUGAAUAAAAAAAUGAGAAUAAAUAGAGAACCAAAAAAACAAAAAAAAUAAUAGGGGUACAGUAGGCCGUUUUUUUCUGAGCACACUGACUCCUUACGUAUUAAACGAGCCGACACGCGCAAAAUUUAUUUGAUAAAAAAAUUUUUAAUCUUAAAAUUUAUAAAUAUCAUGUGUUCCUUGUAUUUUUCUCAUUAGCUUUAAUCAGACUGAAGUGAAACGUGUCUCGAAAUUAAGAAAAUGGUUCAUUGUUGCUUGAAAAAAAGAAACUUUUAAAUUUGAAUCUUUUUCACUAUUUCCGAGAGAUCAAUCUUAGCCUCCGGUAUUUGUACAGCUUGCAUCAGGUAAAUUGAAAAGAGAUUUAUUCUUUUUUUCACGUCUCAUUGAUUCAUAUUUUUUCUUUUAUGGCGUGUUCUUCGGACAAAACGAAAAUUGCUUCGAAACGCAAAAAAAAUUGCUCCAAACCAAACAUUUGGAGCAUUUUAGCGCGCCGCGCGAGCACGAUUUUACGUUUUGAAGCAUGUUCUGUUUCUCUGAUGAACACGCCACUACCUUCACGCACAUUGGUAACGCCAAAAGGACGUUCUCCUGACGUUUUUUCAAAGUGGUUCCGCGAAAUGCAAAAUAUAUACCAGUUAGAGACAGGAAAAUAUAGCUUAAUUUUGGAGAGUCAGAGACUAUUUUGCAUUUCGCGGAAAUUACUUCGAACACGGCAUUAUGAGCAAGUCUAGGGAUCCCUCAAGAAUGCUGAAACUACUAAAGUGGUCACUAGAAAUGCCCGGACACGUCCGUUUCGCGUCACCAAUGUCCGAGUUUUUCUCCUUUUUGGAAGCUAUUCAUGCCCUUUUCGAAAUGAUUUCGCGAAUUUCAAAAUAGGGGUCAGACAUUGAUGAGCGAUUUCGCGAUUUCAAAUUUACUGCUGUUUUAUUCGUCCUUUGCAAAAACACAGAACAAAAAAGCCCUCAGCUGCUUUUAAGAGCAUCGGACUGGUACCUGUUAUUGUUUAGUCGGCUUCGCAGUUGAUUGGACUCUGUCCGCCAUAGUUGGGAAACGUCUUCUUGUCAUCGCAAUUGUCUGAAUUUUCGAAGAUGAAAGACUUUCAAAUGCUGAAAAAUAUGAGAUAUAUACAAAAGUUGAAUUAAAAAGAGCUGCUCGUAAAGUUAAUUUUUUUUGCGCAGCCAGAGUGUCUGCGGCCUCGAAUCAUAAUCGAUUAUUUAUCGCGAUUUGUACAAACCAAAUAAAACCGCCGAAUCUGGCGUGAGAGUUCCUAACAACCACAUUUUCCAAAUGUUUAUUUAUCUUCAUAGGCAGAGUCGGAAGGACUCUUUACGGGCCCUUGGAGCGUCCGUUAUGGAUCAAAAAGUUUCCAUUUACUGUACCUAAACGGGUGGCAACGGUUUCCUUUUUUACUGCCUUUUUCCGUCCUUUCAUCGGCCUUCAUCCACCCUUUUUGGACCCUUUUGAGAAAUACAAAAGUUUUUAAAGUUGAGAAUAAUCUAUAUCAGUGACUGUGUAUGAACCAAAAUGGGCUACAGUAAUAAAAUCGGAAAUAAUCAAUGGCCGAGACUUUCAGCACCAUUUUGCAGUCUCUCCUUUCUGACCCGUUUUUCGCACUUCCGAUUUUGCCAGUGUCGAAAUGGUGUUUAAAAGCCGUUUAAAAGGAGAGGCUGAAUAAAAAUCGCAGAAAGGGAGCAAAAAAAAAUCCCUUUAUUGAGCAUUAUGUUUUUUCUAGAAUUCUAAAAGACUCAAGAAAUGGUGGAAAAAGGGAGAGGCAGCAAAAAUGGCGCACAAGAGCCGAUGAAAUGGCGCAAAAGGCAGCAAAAAGGAACAUUUCUACGAGGUUUUUUCCACCCUUUCCGACUUUGCCUAUGCAUGAUAUCGGAUCAAGGUUUUUCUGGCUUCAAUUCAGUGUUAAUAAAGUCAUGCCUUUUUUCCUCAUUAUAAAAUUUUUCGAAACUAACCUCCCAUCAGUUGUUCUAGUAGUAGACGAUAUCUAAUUUUCAGUGCUCCAGAAGUUAAUUCUGAAAGAAAAGUAAUUUAAAAAUAAUUUUUUAAAUAACAAACUGCACUAUUUGAAGUUGGCGUCGAAUCUCCAUCGAUCAGAAAUUUUUCGUUGAGAGCUUUCUGCAAUUAUUUAAACAUUGAAAAAAGCAAGUCGAUUAUUCAUUGUUCGAAUCGCAAUCUUUUGACUGAUUAGUAAUGUAAAGUCAUAAGUAAGUUAAGGAAGCUUUGUGAAGUUAGAAGAACUAACUAGGCGGUGCGCUAGGGCUCCGCUCGGCCUUGUCAGAACUGAGAAACCUAGACGCCGAAGGCCGUGACGGCAUUUUCCGCGGGGGUCCCAUCAUCGCUUUGUCAGCAUCGCGCUGCCAACAGUUUAUGCCUCGGCCACAGGAAUGGGCCUCGACGUGACUUUGCGUAUCCGAUUUGCAAGCAAAAAGGAUCGGCACUCCGGGAGUCCCGCGGACCUAAUCUACUAGCGCUUACUACUAAGAUAACUAUUUUGAAAUUUUAAGUUUAAUGGAGGUUUAAAACUCAUCUUGACGUAGAGCGCAGAAGCAAGACGGAGUGGUGAAGAAAGAAGAAAUGAGAUUUGAAUCCAGGUCUUACAAGAAGAAAUGACACGUUGCCACGUGGUUUUUUGUGCGUGUUUUUUUUCGAUGACAUAAAAAUGACCUUUCCCGGGGUUCACGUUUUUUUUUUGAAGAGAAGGAAGUUUUUUUAUUCUAAAUAAAAUUCUCUAAAUAAAAAGGGUCAUAUGACGUGAAAGGUAGAGCUAGUGGAGACACUAAAAAACUUUUCAAAGUUCAAAGUUUUUCUUGCGCGGUUUUGUAUCGUUUUCUCCUCUUGUAGAAACCUAAUUCGCGUCACUUGGAGCCAAAUUCAAUCAGCAAAUACAGUUUGAAGUUUUUAUAAUAUAAAUAAUCUGAAUCACAUUAUUUUUCUAUUUUUUUGAUGGGUUUUCGAACUUAAUUAAUCAAUCAGCCUUACAAAGUUUUUUUUCUUCUUUUUAUUCUUUCAUAUUUAUGAAUGCUUAUGCGAUGGGAGAUAUAUAUUUUUUUAUUUCCAUUGCGUAAUAAGUAAUUUAGAGUUUUUUUCCCUUUCAAAAUCGUUCCUGAAUAUUUGUUAUAUCAUAUUCAUGCCUCAAUGACAAAUAUCUUGUCAAUUCACGUGAGGCUGUACAAAUACCGACUUUUUCAACUUUUCUCAAUGAUUUGAACUGUUUCUGAGGUUCUACGUAAUAAUUUUCGAAUUUUUAUUUUUUUUUAUGAUCCUGUAAAAUGAAAACGAGGUUAUUGUUUUUAACAAAUUGUACUUUUUGCAGCAAAAACUUUCACGAUGGCUGGGAACGUGAAGGAGCUGCAAUCGCUGUGUAUCACAAGGGAGAAUUGAUUGUCGACCUUCAAGGCGGCUACGCCGACAAGGCCUCGGGCAGAAAAUGGACGCCUGAAACUAGAACCGUCGUGUUCAGCACCACGAAGGUUGUCGAACAGUUCGAAAUGCACCUAAUGAUCGGAGUUUCUCUAGGCAGUAGGUGCGGUUUGCGUGGCGAUGCUAGUGGAUCGUGGCCACAUCUCCUACGAGGACAAAAUGAGCAAGUACUGGCCGGAAUUCGCUCAGAAUGGCAAGGAAAAUAUCACGAUCGACUGGUUAAUGACCCAUCGGGUUAGUUUCCCCUGAAAUGAAGAUUGGGCUCGAAAAAAUUAGAUUUUGCUCUGUAAUGUUUUUUUUUUUGAUUGAUGAUCUAAAUGAUCCCACAUAGUCCCUAUCUGCGCAAACUUCUAGUUUUGGAAAAACUAUUUUCUAAACUUUUUGCCCUUCAACACGUGAGACCGUUUGGAAAGUAUCUGGCCGCGCCACCAACCGUUGCAUGGCAGCUAGUAGCGUGGUGCAGUGGCUAGCGCGUUAGCUUGCGGAGCCCAGUAUGAAGGUUCGAAUCCUUUUGCCGCCAGCUUUUUUGCCAUUAUUUUUUCGACGGAUAGCGACUAUAAGGGUCGCUUCUUAGUCCACCAAAUGAGUUUUUGAGCAAAUUUAUGAAAAACCUCCGCUACAAUAACCUAUCCAGGCCGGCCUUGCCGCCCUCGACGAGCCCAUCAGCAUCGCCGACGCGAAAAACUUUGACAAAAUGUCCGAAGUGAUCGCCAAACAGACGCCAAACUGGGAGCCCGGCACCAAGAGCGGCUACCAUGCCAUCACCUACGGUUGGAUCGUUGAUCAGAUCGUGAGACGUGCCGAUCCGAAACAUCGCUCCGUCGGACAGUUCUUCAGGGAAGAGGUCGCCGAAAAGCAUGGUUGGUUUCGAGUUUUCAGCUGGCUAAUGACAUUUUUUUCCGUCUAGAAUGAAAUUCUCCACUUUUCAGUCCAAACUUCGUGAUUAAAUAAAGAAAUACAUAACUGAAUCCUCAAAAAAAAGCUUGAUUUCCUUUUUAAAGGAAUCGACUUCCACAUCGGCCUGCCCCCCAGUGAAGAACACACCGUCUCGAGACUGUCCCUUCCGCCGACCAUGCACCUUUUCAAGGAGAUCAUCUACGAUCCAAGGUUUUCCAGAACAAAAGCCAUAUGUAAUACAAAAAAUCUAAAGGGGAACUUUUAAAGCUUCUUUAGAAAAAGACCUAAAAAUUUAUGUUUUUUGAACUUUUGCAGUCUUCUCUAUAGAGCGCAUUUGUACUUGUGAUUUUUAGAAAUACUUUUUUUUCUUUAAAUCAACUGUUUUUCGGCUCGAAUCAACUUCAAGGGGCUAUUGAAAUAGCUAGUGUCCUCCAGUAAUCACUUAAAAGGUUCUUUAAGGGCUACUUGAAGAUGACACUAAAGUGGGGCACUGAAACCACCUUCACUAUUUUGUGUCAAAGUGUCCACUACAGUAGUUUUUGGUGGUCUAAUAGUACGUACUAAAGAGGACACUUGAGUAGCUACUAAAUAGGGUAAAAGCAAGGUGGUCCCUAUAGGGAUAUUUCAAUUUUCGUCAAAAAAAGUUAUUUGUUUAGAAAAUUAUCGACUAGCAUGUCCCUUAUAGUGACCACUUUUGCAAGCUUCAGUGACCCAUAUAGGGGUGAAGUGGUCCCUAGAGGGGACCCUCCAAGGGUACAUAAGGUUGCACUUAUAGGGACCGCUAUGGAUAUUCUAAGCCAAGAAAAUUUCAGAGUUCUGAUAGUCCUCGCCGUGUUCAACCUCCGGCCGCCAAUGUCCAUCGCUAGAAAAGUUCGCGACAACCCGAAUUGGUUCAAAUUGGAGCAGGUUCAUCAAAAAAUUAGUACUCAAAAUCCAAAAAAAAGCUUAUUUUCUAGGACAUCAACACGUUCAACGACCCUGAACUCCAUGGAAUGGAACAAGUGGCCGCUCUAGGGAUCACCAAGGCGCGCGACCUCGCCAAGUUGUUCAAUCUCGUUCAGGAAGGCAAACUUUUCAGCAAGGUAGGGAUCGAACCCGUGACCUUUUGAGUAGUAAUCAAUAUCGCAUACAUGGUCGCAAGUUUUUUCUUGUUGUGAAUUUGGAGUUAGAUGAGGCUCAGAGUCAAAUUUUCACAAGUUUGUCUGUUCUCUCUCAUUUUCCCAUAAUGUCUCGAUAUGAAGCGAGAGAGUCAGAGAGCGCAGACGGUUAGAAAAAAAAAGCUUUCUAGGAUUCAAAUUUGGUUCAAUUUUCACUCUAUUUUCUACGAUUUGAAACUCUCUGACAUGUCUGAACACUCUCGUGCUCAUAUGCUAUUUCCAUUUUCCAUUAUUUUUAUGAAAAAAGAGAGAAUCAGACCGUUUUUCUAACUGUUUCAUCACUUAAGGAGCUUCUCAACCGAUUCAAGACCCCUCAAGUGGCCACUGGACUGGAUGAGGUUGUCAUGACGCCAUUGCCGAAAGGACACGGUUUCCUGUAUGAACGACAUCCGUUGGGAGGGGUUAGGAAGAUUUUAAAAUGAAUAUUUUGAGCCUUUUUUCCAGAAUCGUUGGCUCGUGGGACAUCCUGGAUACGGUGGCAGCACGGUAAUGAUGGAUUUGGAGGAAGAUGUGAGGGGAUUUUAUUUUAUAGAGCUGUGAGAAGUUUUUUGAAGUUUGCUUCGUGAUAAUUUUCAUGAAAAAAAUCGUAAAAAUCAAUUAGAACGAGUAUUGCUAAUUGUUGCUCAUAUUAGAGACUUUUUGAAUGAGAUUUUUAUGAUACCUAAGCUUUUUAAUGGAUAUUUUUUUAAAGCAGUUCUUGAUUUUAUUCCUUUUUUUAUUGCUCAUAUUAGAGCCAUUUCUAAGUCAAGUCUCUUCUUUUUAUAGAGUUUGAGAGGGAAAAAAAGAAGGGUUUUUAAAUUUAAAAAAAGAAGAAAUUCAAUUUUUCUUUCAAAAGCUCAAUAUUAAGAUCGUCAUUUCCUACGUCACGAAUGGCUUGAAAACAGGAAUGGGCGAGCUGACGAGAACGUAUCGACACCUGAGAGACGCCGUUUUUGACUGUAUCGAAAGUCGAAAAUCAACAGAACACGAAUACAAUUCAACGAUCCGGGCGGCUUGA